UCGACGACGAAAAAGGCUACAAACGGCGUCGUAUGAUUGGGUGGCGCAGCUGCUCUUCUGUAUCGUCGUUUCGACUGGUUUCUUGCAAAAACUCGAAAUGCAUACUACGACGUCGUAUGCGUAUGCCCUUGCACUUGCACCGCCGGGUGGAGUUCAUUUCUCCGAAAUUGGAGAUUGCUGUGGUUUCCCUGCAAAAUGACGGGAACGCCGCCGCCGUCUCCGCCCAAACAAUGUCCAAAAACGCACAGAAACGGCUGCUAAAGCAGCAGAGGAACGAGGCGAAGAAAGCACAGAAGAAGGCGCAGGUGAAGGAGCAUAAGAAAAUAGAGGCCGAGCGGAGGCGGAAGGAAUGGCAGGAGAAAUUGGGGAGAGUGGGCGAGGAGGAGAGGGUAAAGAUGAUUGAACAGAGGAGAGAUGUCCAGAAAGAGCACAUGGAAAAGCUAUUCGCGGAAAGGGGAAGAAAAAUCGAAAGGCUGCAACAGGCGAGGAUUCAUGGCCAGAAUUUGGUAAUUGAUCUCAAAUUCUCUCAUCUCAUGAACACUACUGAGCUGCACAGCCUCGUUCAACAGAUUAUGUAUUGCUAUUCACUGAAUGGAAGAUGCGCCGUGCCAGCCCACAUUUGGUUGACAGGAUGCCAUGGAGAAAUGCAAGAACAGCUUAAGCAAAUCCCAGGAUAUGAUAAGUGGAUAAUGGAGAAGGAAGAUCGAUCAUAUGCAGAAGUUUUUCAAGAGGAGAAAGAAAACUUGGUGUAUCUCACAGCAGAUUCAGACAACAUUCUGGAAGAGCUAGACCCGAAAGAAAUAUACAUCGUUGGCGGCUUGGUGGAUAGGAAUCGCUUCAAAGGCCUCACGGCAAUGAAAGCAAAAGAACAAGGGAUUAGAACUGCAAGACUGCCGAUUGAAACAUACAUCAAGAUGUCGAGUUCUCAGGUCCUCACUGUAAAUCAAGUUGUGGAAAUACUGCUCAAGUUCUUGGGGACAAAGGACUGGAGAGAUUCAUUUGAUCAGUACUGCUACUACCAGACAAAGAUGGCCAUGAGGAGUGCAUAGAUCAUAAGGGAAAUGGGGAGAAGAGAGAAGAGGAGGGCAAGUGCCUCGGGAGGAUCAGGUUUCAGGUAAUGAGGAAAACUGAGCAAGCUUAUCACUACCAGGACAGCCAUGGCAAACAUAGCACACCAUUUGUUGCUCACCUUCAUCCUUACCAAUUAAGUAUUAAUUACCACCAGGUACCUCAAUCUUCUGAGAUCUUCUUCUUCUUCUUCUCCAAUUCAAUUCUUCGGCUUCAAAUCCAUUAAGUAUCUGUAUGGCUGCUGACAGUGACAAUGGCUGGCAGAUAUAUGGGAAGAGAAGAAGGAACUAGCCAUUUAAGGGAUUCAAAUUUGUUACAGAAAAUUAGAUGGCAAAUAAAAUAAUAAUAAUAAUAAUAAUAAAUGCAUGAGUUUGUUCUACUUACGUAGGUACGUAUGAAUAAUUAUUAUGAUAUGGUAAUUAUGGUGGACGACGUUGGGCAGAGAACCCCAACGGUGCCCAAACAACUAAUCUUCCUUCUUCUCUUUCAUUGAAUUCCUUCUUUCUUGUAAUCAAUGCACAGAAACGACGUCGUCUGUGCUCUGCAUCAAAGCUUCACACGACGAUGUCUC